ACGUAAGUUAGUUUAUAUAUGGUUCAGUUUUAGCAUUUGGUAAUUAAGCAUAUGUUUAGGCCACCAAUUUUCUUGCUAUGAUAGCUAAUUCGAGCGAAUAGAAGGGAAUUUACAGUUAUAAAAAAGGUGGAUGUUACUUUAAUAAGAUGGGUACGAGGCUUAUCCAUCUGUGCUUGUGUCAUGUAUAGUGACUCUUCUAUUAUGUUGUUAACAAGUCCGUGAAAUUAACGAAUUAGACGGGUUAACGAUCGAGCUAACUAGCCUCAACGAUAAACCUUAUGAUUGGAUAUUUGGGUCCUAGAAAGCUAGCAAUUAAUUAAUUUCAAAGGAUAUUUGAUUUCAGAUGGUACUGUUUGCCUUUUGGAAGUUAAUGGCUUAAUUAUGACAUCUCUCAAAGGGUUGAAAAAGUUUGGAUCCUAACUAUUAUCCGUGGAAGAAAUGUAGAACUUUGGACUGAUUCCUUCAGGAGGUCUGAGAAAACUGCACUUCACACGUUUCUUUUCCUCAAAUGUUAACAACAGUCUAUUGACAUGCGGGAAAAUGGUUACUCCUCCGUUGAGAUCUUUGUGUAGAUGGUUAGGCUUGUUGUUGUGAUUGAUAAAUAUCUCUGCUAAAUACACUUUUGAAUACCCAAUUCUACAGUACUGUUGGUUCUGCUUAGCGUUGGCUCUAAUCAAUCAUGUGUAUUUAGUUUGUGUAUAAUAUUCAUACGCAUGCUAAGUGCGGUAGCUGGGCAAGUACGCUCCAAAUACGUUCCAAAAGGCAACAAUGAUGAAGCCCUUUUGGGUCGUUUUAACCGAAUCUUAUUAGGAUCACAUUUAGUCUAUUUGCUGGGUCCCCGUCCCUCCCUAACUUUUUAUACGCACCCUUUUACUAGAAACUAGAGAAAAGAGCUGCUGCCCCCACUUCAUACAAAUGUUGAAUUCCACGUACAUCACAUUUUUUUUUUCAAGUACUGGUCACGCCUUUUAAUCCAGUCGCAGAGAAAUUUGAAUGUCGAGUUGUACGACGCCACGUAUAUCCAAAGCCCUGGCCCAAACUCUUUUUUUUUUUUAAUCCAGUCGCGGAGAAAUACAAAUCUGAAUUCAAGAAUCAAGGCUUGUACUUCGCCUAAUAUAUGCAACGAGGUCAAACUGCAACCCCGGCCAACUCAGUUUUGUGAAAGUGGGGCUCGAUCCCUUUCGCUUUAAAUCCGUCUGUUUCCAUGAGCGUCAUAUGGACCCCUACGUGGCGCUGCGUGGUCAACGCCUGCCAGCUGAUGGGAAAACGAUCCUCAGCUCUCUCUCUCUCUCUCUCUCUCUCUCUCUCUCUCUCUGUGUGUGUGUGGGGAUGUUUAACCCUACAAAUUUUAUCACGGUAGUGUAUAGAGGAUGAAAUUAAGCCAUCACAAGAGAUUGACACGUAGCCCUUACGAUAAACAAAGGCCGGCACCAAAUCCUUUUGACUUUCUCAUUUCUCUUCCACGCCUUCUCCUACCUAUUUAAGCGACAACUGCUGCCUCUCUUCCCUCCCAUUCGAAGCUCAUUUCACUCCUUCGGCGACCGAGACCCCGAGCCAUCGAUCGAUAAUUGUAUACCAUCUUUUCUUCAUUGAGUCCAGCGUUUGGAUUGUAGAAAAUUAAGGUGUGUUUUCCUUUUCCUUUUUCUUUUUUCGCGGUUAACGGGGUUUCAAUUCGCUGGAUAUGGGUCGGGCGCCGUGUUGUGAUAAGGAAGGACUGAAGAAAGGGCCGUGGACGCCGGAGGAGGACCAGAAGCUCAUUGCUUAUAUACAGAAGCAUGGGUGUGGGAGCUGGCGAACUCUUCCCAAAAAUGCCGGACUCUCUAGGUGUGGAAAGAGCUGUAGGCUGCGGUGGACGAAUUAUUUGAGGCCUGAUAUUAAGAGAGGAAGGUUCUCAUUCGAAGAGGAGGAGACCAUAAUUCAGCUGCACAGUAUUUUGGGGAACAAAUGGUCUGCGAUAGCUGCUCGCUUGCCUGGGAGGACCGAUAAUGAGAUCAAGAACUACUGGAACACACACAUCCGUAAAAGGCUCCUUCGCAUGGGAAUCGACCCCGUAACUCACAGUCCUCGCCUCGAUCUCCUCGACCUCUCUACACUCCUCGCCAAUCCAACCCUAUUGAUCAACCCAUCUCAAUACGACAUCUCGAGUUUGCUCGGUAUGGAGCCUCUAGUCAGCCCCGAGCUCCUAAGACUUGCCACAGACCUCCUAUCAUCCCAGUGCCAAGAUCUCACCGAACACGCACAGUUACAGGACCCUAUUGCCCAAUUCCUCAGCGAUUCACAGCUGAUCCAGCCCAAUGGCUCUCAAUUCGGGCCAGAUGGCAUGACCUGUGAUUUCUCAGAAAGUUUCGUACCUGCUGCCGCUAGUAAUACAAUUAGUUAUGACAAUUUGGAGCAACCAAUUCCUCAAUUGGUAUCAGCAGAUAGCUCGAACUUCUACUUGCCCAACAACCAGCUGAAUUAUACUGUGACUACUUCGGUUUUAUCGACGCCCAUCUCAAGCCCGACGACGCAGCUGAACUCAUCUUCGUCGACUUACAUUAACAGUAGCAGCAAUACUGAGGAUGAGCGAGACAGUUAUUGCAGUGAGCUCUUCGAGUUCCAGGUUCCUGACUUACUGGAUGUGAGUGAGUUCAUGUAGAUCAGUUCCGGUAAAUACGGAGGA